AUCUGGUCCCUUUGGCCCGUCAUUACUUUCAAGUUGCACAUCUAUUGCCAUCCAUCAAUCAGGCUAUCCGUCUCAGAGAGUCUGCUCACGCGCCUGUCUGCAUUGACCUGGUGCACCAUGAUUGCAAACCCUCACGGGAUUUCCUGGUUCAUGUGUAACUCUCUGCCUUACCGGCGGGAAGUGGCCCGAGGUAUUCGGCUCUCAGUUUCUAGACUAUCAUAUAGACUCCAGCAACCCUGGUUAUGCCACAGCCGCUUCGGUCAUCCUGUGUCUAGAUCAAGCUCUUCUGUUUUUAGGCAUCAGCAAGCAUCUGCAGCCCGGAAUAUGUCGUCUGGGAAGGUUCCCAAACCCAAGGCUCCGCUGGCCGUUCCUCGGCCAAGUUCAAGUGUAGUUCUCAUAUCUCCCCGAAAUGAGGUCCUGCUCCUCCACCGUGUCAAGACAUCCACGUCGUUCGCAUCGGCGCAUGUCUUUCCUGGAGGUAAUCUCUCCAAGCAGGACGGGUCAUGUCCUCCGCCCGAAGAUCUCUCCCGACACAAUGAUGGCCCCUGGUAUCGUCAUGCCGCUAUCAGAGAGCUUUUCGAAGAAAGCGGCAUUCUCCUAGCCAAAGACCGCGACUCGGGAAAGAUGCUCGCUGUCUCGGAGGAGCAGCGUGAAGCUGGUCGACGCGCGAUCCAUCAGCACAAGAUCACGUUUACGGAUUGGCUGAAGGAACAGAAUCCUGCUGCAGUACCGGAUAUAGAUCAAUUGAUCCCCUUUACGCGAUGGAUCACGCCUACGAAUGUUCCCAAACGGUAUACGACGCAGAUGUACCUUUACUUUUUACCCUUGCCGUUGGAGAUUGAGAAGCCGAUUCUCGAUGAGAUCCCGCCGGAAGGGCAGACGGAGGAGAUCCAAAUCCCGACGAGCGAUGGCGGAGUGGAGAUCUCCGAGGCGAGGUUCCUGCCUGCGUCGGAAUGGGUCCGGAUGGCGCGAAUUGGUGAAGUCAUGCUGUUUCCGCCUCAGUUCUUGCUUCUACAUCUGGUGGCGGAGUUUCUAAAUAAGGCUCCCCCAGGGACAGAGUCAGUUGAGGAGCUAGGGCAGCGACGAGCAGAAUUGAUGCAGUUCAUUCAAUCAGGCCAGCCACCCUGGACGGAGAAAUGUAUUUGCCCGAAGAUGCUCAAGGUAUCGUCUGAUGGACGGACCGUGCUAGCAUUAGACCAACCUGGACCGGAGCUGAAGACAACGGGUCGACAAGGAGAGACAGAGCGGGUUGUCCUUGUGAAGUUCACCAAAGGAAGCGUACAGGAUGUCGAGGUGCGAUGGAAAAAGGACAUAUUCAGCGAGAGCCAUCUGUAACAACAGCAUACCAGUAUACCACCAACCAAACCACAACUUACCUGGUAGUGUACAUACCCAGU